AUGGAUUGGGCCAGGCGGAGGAGAGAUCUUCCCCAUGGAGCACCCGAUCAAUGUCGCCUUGGGGAAGCCUACGCCAAAGCAGUUGAGCAGUACGGCAAGGAUGGUCUCAUACCACUUCGAGAAGAACGAGGGGUCUACAAUUUCUACAUCAAGAUCGACACCGACUAUGUUAACGAGGAGGUCGAGAGUGAGGCGGUGUCUGCAGUGGGGUCUUCUACAAUCCAGGACCCAGAAGAUCCAUCUUCUCCGAAGAUCAUGACUGCCAAGCCCAAGGUGAAGUUCAACCCGACAGUCGAGACCUAUGGCAAGAACAAGAAGAACCCACCUUGGAGGCGAGGCCAAAUCAAUGCAUUGGAGGACGAGGUUGAGGAGAUUGGGCCGGAGGGGCCGUCAGGGGAUUCUGAGGAGGUUGAGAGCCGUGCAGUGAACCCUGGAUGGAGUCCACCUGACCCUACUCCCGCAGAAGUUCGAGAACAUGAGGCAUCAGGCCAUGCAGUUUUCCGGAACUGGUGCCAAGACUGUGUGAAGGCCAAGGGAGUGAGCCAACAACAUCGGAGGGUGGACCACAGUGGAGACCUUCUUCCGACCAUUGGCCUGGACUAUUUCUACAUGAAUGAGGACAGGCAGGGAGAUGCCAGUCGUCCUGGGCUGGUGGCUAUCGACAGGGACACUGGCAUGAUGUUUGCAACGGCUGUGGAGAGAAAAGGGGUCAUUGAUCCCACGGCCCAGAAGCUGCUCACAAAGUUCAUCGAGCUGCUGGGGUACAAGGAGUUGGUGAUGAAGAGCGACGGCGAGAGGCCGUUGGUCAGGUUGAAGAUCGAGGCAGCCAAAGCAGCCAAGGGACUUCGCAAAGCAGUGAAUGAGGAGUCGCCACAAGGAGAUUCGAAGGCCAAUGGCAUGGCUGAAGCGGCGGUCAAGGAGGUGAAGUGGCGCAUUCGUGCCAUCCACUUGAUGCUCAACAAGAAGUUCAAUGUGGAGGUGAACCAAGACCACCCCUUGAUCACCUGGGUGCCGCGGUAUGCGGCAGAGCAAUGCAACCGCUUCAAGGUGGGCAACGAUGGGCGAACACCGGAGGAGAGGAGGACCGGCAAGAAGUGGGUCAAGCCGAUGCCUGUCUUUGGUGAGAAGAUCCUGGUGAAGCCGGCUGGCAAGGGCAAGAGAGGAGAUCCAGCCAAGAUGGUCGAGGGCAGGUAUGUGGGGAUCCACAACAGGUUUGGAUCGGUGCUGGCCAUGACCAAGACAGGUGUGGUGGUUGGCACUGGCUUCCAUCUUCUUCCGGAGGCCGAGAAAUGGGGUGAGCUGGAGGAGGAUUUGAAGGGAGCCCCAUGGGAUGUGGCCAACUUCGCCCUGAAGAAGGUUGAACAAAUUCCCGAGCAGAUGCUCGUGGUCCCUGCUGCUUCGCUACCUCAGGUCCCGGCGGAGGAGGCUGGUGACCCGGGGUUUGGCGUUGAGCAAAUGCAGGAUGCCCCGCAGCUGGGAGGACCAAGCGGCGGGAUGGCAAGGCCAGAGGGGCCUAAGGCAAGAGCAUGGCCGGUGAGGAGGGACAUGCUGGCCAAGUUUGGGAAGACACCGGGCUGCGAUGGGUGCCUUUCCAUCGACAGGCCUGGGUUUCAACAGGUUGCCCAUUCAGAGGAGUGCCGAUCCCGCAUCAGAGGCCGGAUCGAUGAGGAGAAGCAGAAGGAUGCGGAGGUCAGAGCAAAGCAGGCCGCAGAGGAUGAGGCAGAAGAGAGGAGAAGAGCAGACAAGAGGGAGCGCCUGGAUGAGGGCGAUCCCAACUUGAGGAGCGGGCCAUCAGGUUCGAGAGGAUCUCAACCAUCCUCGAAACGCAAAGGUGGAGAUGAGGGAGUCACCGACAUCAACGACCUGGUGGCAGAGGCAGAGCUUGAGGAGGCUGCAGGAUCAGCCCAGGCAGAAGCCGUUGAGGAGCAGAUCGAGAAGGAGGUCGUCAGCACGUUGAUGGACUUGGGAGCCCUGGACGUCUUGGAGGUGUUUUCACCACAGAGGAUGACGAAGGGUCUGAGGAGGUUUGGACUACGUGAUGGUGUGGCCAUCGACAUUGAGGAGAUGAAGCCCAACGGAGAGGAGCGGUGGAACUUGGACCGUGCAGAGGACUACGAGCUCUUGAUGGAGAUGAUCUACAAGGAGGAGCCGCUGCUGCUGACGGCAAGUCCGCCGUGUUCUACCUUUUCAAGGCUGAGGAAUCUUAGCAACUUCAAGAGAGACCCGGAGAUUGUGGCCGAGGAGGAAGAGGUUGGCAGAGGUCGUCUUCGAAAGGCUGUGGGGUGCUGCAAGAUGCAGGACGAUGAGGGCAGGUUCUACUUGUUCGAGCACCCCAAAGAGGCAACGUCUUGGAACGAGCCGGAGCUUGAGGAGUUGAGACAAAGGAGCACUACGUACGAGAUCGUGAGCCCAAUGUGCAAAUUUCACAUGAAGGCCGUGUGGCCUGACGGACAAGAGGGUCAUGUCCGCAAGAUGACCCGCUGGCUGACAAACAGCCCAGCGAUUGCAGAGGAGCUGACUGGGACUUGCGCCAAUGAGCUGGCUGGCAAGGAGAUCCAUCGGCACAUCCACCUCAUCGGUGGAGGGCGUGCCAAGGCUGCACAGGUCUACCCCGUGAUGCUGGUGAAUGCAGUGCUGCGAGGGUUGAAGAAGGAGAUGCAGAAUGCCAAGAUGAUCAACAGUUUAGAGGAGGAGUUCACUGGGCCAAGCCCGGACAACUAUGUGGAGUGGGAGCAUGAGGUUGCCACCCACGCUGAGGCCUACGUGGACGAUGUGACUGGGGCGCCUUUGGACCCAGAGCUGGUGCAGAAAGCCCGUCAAGAGGAGUUGGACUGGCUGAGAAGAGAAGAGGUCUAUGAGAGGGUGCCCAAGUCGCAAUGCGAGGAGAAGGGCGCCAAGCUGCUUAAGCUGAAGUGGCUGGACAUCAACAAGGGCGAUGAGGCUCGACCGAAGAUUAGGUCGCGCAUUGUGACCAAGGAGGUCAAGAAGGCGAAGGCACCACACGAGCAGUUGAGCAAUGAUGCCGUGUUUGCCUCGACGCCACCUGCAGAGGCAGUUGCAACACUUUUCUCGCUCUUCAUGAGUGGCAAGAGGAGGAGACGCAAAAUGGGGCUCUGGGACAUUUCCAGAGCACACUUCAUGGGCCGAGCGGCAAGGGAGCUCUACAUCGAGUUGCCGCCGGAGGACAAGCGGCAUGAUGAUGAUGAGUGCGAGAUGGUGGGAAUCCUGAGGAGGUCAAUGUAUGGGACGCAGGAUGCAGCUCGCAUCUUCCAGGAGGACUACCAGCAGUGGUUGAAAGAGAAUGGAGCAGAGUUCAGCAAGAUUUGCCCCGCUAUGUACAAGUUCAAGGAGAAGGACCUGAUCGGGCUGGUACACGGAGAUGACUUCGUGGCUGUGGGGACUGAUGAGUCUCUUAUGUGGUUGGAUGAGGUCCUCAACAAGAAGUACAAGGCGAGAUGGGAGGCAAAGCUGGGCGAUGGUGAGAAGGACGACAAGGAGGCGUUCUUUCUCAACAGGUUGAUCCGCUACGUGCCGGAUGGAACGGACCAUGAUGGAGAACGACUGGAGGUUGAAGCAGAUGCAAGACACGCGGAGAUCUUGAUCCGCGGGUUUGGCUUCGACGAGAAGACCAAGGGUGCCGAGAUCCCUGAGGAGAAGAUGACGGACAAGGACGUCGUCGAUGAGAUGAGGCAGCCGGUGCUUGGGAGCGAGCAGACCUCGGAGUACCGGUCGAUGGUGAUGCGCCUGGCCUACAUGUCAGUGGACAGGCCAGACCUUGCACAUGCCGUGCGGAUGCUGGCGACGGCAAUGAAGUCACCGAAAGCUGGAGACUGGGGGCGACUGAAAAGAGUGGUGCGCUACCUGGUGAAGUACCCCUACAUGAAGCGGGGGGCGCUGGAGUUCUGGGUGGAGGCCCAGAGCAUCAUCGAGCUCAGGGUGGAUUCUACGGCAGCAAAGGCUAUGGCAGAGAGAAGAGGGGUCGGACAGACCCGGCAUAUCCAAGCCAGAUACCUUUGGCUCCAAGACCAGGUGUUCGAGAGAAAGAUGGCCGUGAAGAAAACCGACGGCAAGACCAAUGUGGCAGAUCUCACAACGAAGGUGCAGCCGAAGGGUGUUUUGAAGGCCCAUCUGAAAGGGAUGGGAUAUUUGCAGACCACGCGCCGGGGUCAUAAGGAUUUCUUUCCCCAGGCAUUGCUGUCCAUCCCCUUGGGCUCUCACAUCCUGGCUCCGCUUGGGUUCCUGGCUCCCAAGCUAGUGACACGGCUGCUGAAACUGCACGGACAUGAGAAGCUCAGUGGGGAAGCAAGGAAGGUCUAUGGGGAAUAUGGCGAGCAUUUGGUGGAUCAGAUGGAGGCAACGAGGUUUUGGACUGCGCAGCGCGCGCGGACAGAUGCAGCCAGGGUCUGGAAACUGCUGGGCGUUUGGGAAGCCAACAAGCUUUCUUUCACCAAUUUCUUUGGCCGCUCAGAACAGUGUGUCUUUGAGCAAAUCAGCAGGUUGAACCAUUCCUGCGAGCCCAACGUGCGGCUCCUGCCGGGCGCGUCUGGAGAACUGCAGAUGAUGGCAGCGGUGGACAUCUCGCGAGACGAGGAGCUGUGUAUUUGCUAUCCAGAGCGCAACAUCCUUCCGAUGCUUCACUUCCUCCUGGCCCCUACGUCUUGGCGUCGCCAAUCUCUGGCGGCGGGCUGGCAGUUCUGCUGCCGCUGCCCGCGCUGCGGCUUUGGAACCGACACGACACCAGAGGCUGUGUGCGAAGAGCAGUUGGAGGAGGAGGCGAGGGCUUUAGUGCCGCAGCUGCAGGCUGCCAGCAGCAUUGAGGAUUUCCCACUGGCUGCAGUGCUGCAGCUACUGGGGAAGUGCCAAACAGCAGGACUUGGUGCAGAUCACUGGCUGCACUUUUGGCUCCUAAGCCUUUGCUCCAUCGCCGAUCGCAGUCGGCCACUGCAUGUGGCGGCGCUGGGCUUGGCACGGGCGACUGCGCUGACCAUCCGCCCCUUAAGCCUUUCGCAGCUGCGCUCGCACUGCGCCGAUGCUGGCGUGGAGUGGGCAGCGCUGGAAGGGCAGUGGUUGCGCCCUGGUGUGACGACACGUUUGGCCGCCUAUCUGGCCUUCGAGUCGUCGGCCACGGAUCAAGCCAUUUGCAAGCAAUCAUGCCCGGACGCCAGUGUCCGCAACAUGAAUCCCACCGGGCUGAUGGGCAAGGCUCGUGACUUGUCCGCUUUGCCGAAAGGAGUUUGGUCCACACAUGGACUCCUGAACAAUUUGUGCCACGACACCGAAGUGGCAGGGGGAGUGAUUGACAUCGUGAAAUGUUUCAACAUGUUGCCGCAACAGCCCCUUUUGGAAAUUGCCAGCCACCUGGGCAUUCCCAGUGAAGUCAUGCAGCCUUGGCACGCUGCAUUACGGCAGCUUCAAAGAAGGUUCCAGGUCCAGGGCUGCGUAGGCCGUUCCUUGACAAGCUCUUGUGGUUUCGCAGAGGGUGAUGCCAUCAACUCCGUCCGAGCACUGGAGGAAUUUUGUUCACUUUUGGACUUAGAGACUUUCAAGACAAAUCAAGGCACUGACCCCAUUCUGGAGCCGGAUGGCAAGAUCUGCAGUUCUUGCCAUUUCCAGAAACUUCGAACGCUUGCUGUCAAAGCUAUGAACCUCACGCAGAACGGCGUGAACCCUGACCUACAGUUGUCUUGUGUUUGCCCACCACUUGCGGACCGAAUCUUGCACCAGACCCAAGAGCUGCGGCACACCAUGCAAGGGUUGGCUGAUGCUGAUGUGCGACGUACACUUCAAGCCUACCAUGCAUUACCACAGGAACACCAAGGUCUGAUGCGAUGCUGCCUAAACGGUACGCAGUUUACAAAUGACGUUUUGCACAAGGCGGGCAUUACGGAUACUGACUGUUGCAAGUUUUGCGGCCAGACUGACAGCCAGCUCCACAGACAUUGGGAGUGCCCUUUCUUUGCUGAUUUACGCCCAGAGAAUGUAAUUCACUGCAAAGAGCAGAUGCCUUUGAGCUUCCUAUGCCAUGGCUGGUUGCCACGGACAUCAGCCGCCGUUGACCUCGUUAGCCAUUUGUUUCAUUUGCCUGACACCACAACAGAAUUUUUCCACGCACCAAAUCCCGUGCAACUGCGCUUUUUAGAUCUGUUUUUGGAUGGGAGCUGCAUCAUGCCUGCAGUUUCAGAAUGCAGACUGGCGUCCUGGGGCUUUGUUCAAUGGACCGGUGAAGAAUUCUGGCCAGUCGCAAAUGGAGCAGUGCCAGGCUGGCGACAAACCAGCUUGAGAGGUGAACUUACAGCGGCGAUUUCGGCACUUAAAUUUGUCACUUUCAAGGAGCAACCCUCACGAUUGUGGUUUGACAAUUCCAACGUUCAAGACACGUUACACCACUGGCUUCAAGGGGUUGACACAGAUUGGAGGGAUAAGACAGAUCAAGACCUCUGGCAACACUUGCAUGAUCAGUUUCAACAUGCUAGGCCUUUUUUGACUGCAGUUUAUAAAGUUCAAGCACACGCUGACCCGGCAUGCCAGGACACAGCGCUGGAUGAGUGGACAGUUUUGGGAAACAUAGCGGCAGAUUGGUGCGCGCGCAGUGCACGUCUCCAUUUCCCAAGGUGUUUGUGGGACGCUUGGGAAGCCACUGUUAACCAUGUUGCUCAUUCAAAUCAGCUUGGCCUCAAGGUACACCAAAUGUUUGUACAGAUUGCUUUGCGUGCGCGUAACUGUACUCUUGCAGAUGAACCCUUACCACCGAAGGGAAUUUCCAUGGACACACCCACAGCCACUGUUGAUGCGGGACUUCUGGCGCUGGCCAAGUGCACGGAGUCCGACUUGCCAGCCAAGUUGCAGACUGCAGAAACUCCACAUGUUUUGCAGUGGAUCCGUAACCUUCUAGCGAAUGACCAUGCAGUCAUUUGGGUGACUUUCCACCAAUUGUUGCUCAGCUACCAAGGAGGUACGGGUCGACUUGGACCGUACACCACUGGACGUUUAUGGACCGAACGACCUCUGGAUUCCAUGUAUGAAUAUAAGCAACAGGUACAGUGGUUUGUCAGGUUUUUGAUGAGUUUAGCCAAAGCCGUAGGUGCUGCAUUAGAAGUUGAUCAGCGACGUCCUUCAUCACAUGUGCUGACAUUUUGGUGCGGCUGCCUGCAAGUGCCCAUGGCUGCAACAGAACUGGCUGCCAUUGAUGACUUCUACAAAGAGCAUGCCACCAAUCUACCUGCGAGACAGAUUGGUCGCGACCUUGGUAAGGUGCCUCCGCGGCAGUGGUUGCGCCCUGGUGUGACGACACGUUUGGCCGCCUAUCUGGCCUUCGGGGUCCAGGAAAAAUGGUAA